CUUUCCAGCGCAGAUCUGUAUAUAAGGUGGACCAGAUACGUUGGGUGAAGGACGACAAGCGGCUCGAUCAACAGCGAACAUGGGCAAGAUCAUCUUCUACGAGGACCGGAACUUUGGCGGACGCCACCACGAGUGCAGCAGCGACUGCGCCGACCUGCACUCCUACUUCAACCGCUGCCACUCCAUCCGCGUGGAGAGCGGCUGCUUCAUGAUCUACGAGCGGCCCAACUACAUGGGCCACCAGUACUUCCUGCGGAGGGGCGAGUACUCGGACUACCAGCGCAUGAUGGGCAUGAGCGACUGCGUGCGGUCCUGCCGCAUGAUCCCCAUGGUAACAGCCUCUCACCACGGAUCUUUCCGGAUGAGGCUGUACGAGCGCUCGGACAUGGGCGGCCAGAUGAUGGAGCUGAUGGACGACUGCCCCAACGUCAUGGACCGCUUCCACAUGUCCGACUUCCACUCCUGCAACGUGAUGGACGGCCACUGGCUGAUGUACGAGCAGCCCAACUACAGGGGGCGGCACUACUACCUGCGGCCGGGGGAGUACCGCCGCUACAGCGACUGGGGCGGCAUGAGCCCCCGAAUUGGCUCCCUCAGGCGCAUCACGGACCUCUAG